GGAUGUGAGCCUACCGGACCGCGCGCGUCCGACACGGAGGAGAAGUUGAUCGGCGGAGCCUUUUAUCCUCUCCAGCUUGCUUUGGAUUGCUCUCACCUUACCUGAGAAUUAAAGGCAUUGCUCUGUUUGCAAAGACACCUGUGGUAUAAUGCCGGACACCAAAAAAUUCAUCGAGAACCUCUCUGGAGCAGGGAAGUCCAUUGGCGUCCUGACAAGUGGUGGAGAUGCUCAAGGUAUGAAUGCUGCUGUGAGGGCAGUGGUCAGAAUGGGAAUCUACGUGGGAGCAAAAGUUUAUUUCGUCCAUGAGGGCUACCAGGGCAUGGUGGAUGGAGGUGACAACAUCAAAGAGGCAUCAUGGGAAAGUGUUUCCAGUAUGUUACAAGUGGGUGGCACUGUGAUUGGUAGCGCCCGCUGUAAGGAUUUUCGUGCCCAUGAGGGCCGUUUGCGUGCUGCUCUAAACCUGGUGCAGCGUGGCAUCACUAACUUGUGUGUGAUUGGUGGAGAUGGCAGUUUGACCGGGGCUAAUCUCUUCAGGGAGGAGUGGAGUGGACUCUUGGAUGAGCUUGUCCAGUCAGGUCAAAUCAGUGAAGAGGCUGCCCAAACUCAUUCUGCAUUGCAUAUCGUUGGGAUGGUGGGCUCUAUUGACAAUGAUUUCUGCGGGACAGAUAUGACCAUUGGCACUGACUCAGCACUGCACAGGAUCAUAGAGGUGGUGGACGCCAUAAUGACCACGGCACAAAGCCAUCAGAGGACCUUUGUGCUGGAGGUCAUGGGAAGACACUGUGGGUAUCUAGCAUUAGUCAGUGCUCUUGCAUGUGGAGCUGACUGGGUGCUGAUUCCAGAAAUGCCUCCCAAGGAUGGCUGGGAGGAACAGAUGUGUCAUAAACUAUCAGAGGUAAUACACUCACACACAUAUGAAGAUUGUGUGUUGUCUCUACUGCAGCUGGUGGUACGCUGUUUGGGGUUUGACACACGGGUCACCAUUCUGGGUCACGUCCAGAGAGGAGGAACACCUUCUGCCUUUGACCGGAUUUUGGCGAGUCGUAUGGGAGUGGAAGCCGUGUUGGCCCUGUUAGAAGCGUCUCCUGGUACUCCAGCAUGUGUGGUGUCUCUGUGUGGGAACCAGGCUGUCAGGCUUCCUCUGAUGGAGUGCGUUCAGAUGACACAGGAGGUUCAGAAGGCCAUGGAUGAAAAGCGAUUUGAAGAAGCUGUAAAACUGCGUGGCAGAAGUUUCGAAAACAACCUGAACACUUACAAACUCCUGUCCCAUCACAAAAUUGAUACUGAACUUCCACAUAGCUCAUUUAACGUGGCUGUGUUGAAUGUUGGCGCUCCUGCAGCUGGCAUGAAUGCAGCCGUGCGUUCGGCCGUCAGGGUGGGGAUCACCGAAGGCCACACUUUGUUUGCUGUAAAUGAUGGAUUUGAGGGCUUCUAUAAGGGACAGAUAAAAGAAAUCAAGUGGGGUGAUGUUGGGGGCUGGACAGGCCAGGGCGGGUCCCUGCUAGGAACAAAAAGAACUCUCCCAGCAAAGCACAUUGAUAAAAUUGCAGAACAGAUGAAGAUUCACAACAUUAACGCUUUACUGGUUAUUGGAGGUUUUGAGGCCUUUGAGAGUUUGCUGCAGCUGGUCGAAGCCCGCAGCAGGUAUGAGGAGUUCUGUGUGCCCAUGUGCAUGCUGCCCGCCACCAUCAGCAAUAAUGUGUCCGGCACUGACCUCAGCAUUGGCGCUGACACCUCCCUCAAUGCCAUAGUGGAGACAUGUGAUCGUAUAAAGCAGUCGGCCAGCGGAACCAAGCGUCGUGUGUUCAUCAUUGAGACGAUGGGCGGUUACUGUGGUUACCUGGCAACGGUGGGCGGGCUGGCGGCUGGAGCGGAUGCAGCCUAUAUCUAUGAAGAGCCAUUUGACAUCCGAGACCUGCAGUCUAACGUCGAACAUUUAACUGAGAAGAUGAAGACCAGCAUCCAGAGAGGUUUAGUGCUCAGGAAUGAGAACUGCAGUGAGAACUACACCACUGACUUCAUCUACCAGCUGUACAGUGAAGAGGGCAAAGGAGUCUUUGACUGCAGGAAGAACGUCCUGGGACACAUGCAGCAGGGUGGUGCUCCUUCCCCAUUUGACAGGAACUUUGGCACCAAGAUCGCUGCUAAAGCCAUGCAGUGGAUCUCCAAGAAGCUCAAAGAGUUUUACAGAGAAGGCCGUGUGUUUGCGAACUCCGAGGAUUCUGCGUGUUUGUUGGGGAUGCGGCGCAGGGCCCUGGUCUUCCAGCCUGUCAUACAGCUGAAGGAUGAGACAGAUUUUGUUCACAGGAUCCCGAAGGAACAGUGGUGGCUCCGACUGCGUCCGCUCAUGAAGAUUCUGGCCAAGUACAAAACCAGCUACGACGUGUCCGAUUCAGGCCAGCUUGAACACAUCGUCCGUCUGAGGACUAAAGACAUCUCUGCCAUUUAAAAGCAGCAGCCCCAUGUAAAACCAAAUUGUCUUGCAAGUAAAAAUGUAUUUAUUAUAGGUGAAGACCUGUGAUUCCAUAGUCUUGACCUGAACACAAUCAUAUACAGUAUAUGUAAAGCAGUUCUCUUUAAACUGUAACCAUAGACGUACAGCCACGAGAUCCUUCAAUAUAGUAGCUCAGUGUGUUGUGAUUGACAAUCCAUACGCUCAAGCGAUUAGCUGAUCAUCCCUUUUAAAUGGGGCCAAGUGGUAUAUUUUGUGAAUAUGCAAAAUUUCCAUAUUUAUUCUAAUAUUCUUAUUUUCAUUGAAUAUGGAGCUAUCUGUAUGAAUGCUUCACUGGCUUAUAGUGAUGUUAUUUCACAACUGCACCUUGUUUUAGUUGAUUGGAGUCUGAAGGAGUUUUCCAAGCUGCUAUUCUGUGGUGUGUGUUAGUGCAGGCACUUUGUGCCAAGGCAGACGUUGUGUUAGUGUGUGUUUGUUAUGAUGUACACGCUAACAAUGCUGCAUAAACUCCCUUUAAAAUGUAAUUGGUGUGGUUUGUUUCAUUAUUAAUCCUUGUGCAUCAAUUUUAAAAAGUUACUCUAAGGUCAUUAGAGGACAAAAAUGUCAGUGCCAAAA